AUGGGAAGUUGUUUUUCUAAACCAAAAGCUCAACAAGUUGAUAAAAAUGAGUCUCAAGAAAUGAUGACACAGUGCCAAAACUGGAUAAAAAGUGGUGAUAACAAUCAACAUCAUCAUCCAAUUCCUGAUCGUUAUGGAACACCAAAAAUGUCUGGUCAAAUGGGGACUCCUACAAUGUUUCAUUUAAAUCACUCAAAUUCAAUUGACCACAAUCCAUCCUUAAUUCAUGAAGUAACUGUUGGAGGGGGUAAUAAAAUGACAAUGGAUAUUAAUAGUCGUCAAGGAAAUAAUAUUCAUAAUGGAACACCAAUUCAAGAUCAUGGUAAGGAUAAACUUGUUGCAUUAUAUCCAUAUGAUUCAAGAGCCGAGGGAGAUUUAUCAUUUAAAAAGGGAGAUGUUAUGUAUUUAUUAGAUAAUUCAAAUUCGGAUUGGUGGUAUGUAAGACAUUCAAAGGGUGGAACUGGAUAUGUGCCAAGAAAUUUUGUUGCAAGGCAACAAACACUAGAAAGUGAGGAAUGGUUUGCAGGACGAAUUCCCCGGAAUCGUGCUGAAAAACUUGUGUUAUCAAAUAACUUGCCUAAAGGAACAUUUCUUAUAAGAGAACGUGAAACAGAUGUAAAAGAAUAUGCUUUAACAAUAAGAGAUUCUGAUGAUGGUAGAGUAGGAUCUGUUAAACAUUAUAAAAUUAAAAAAUUAGACGGUGACAAAGGGUAUUUUAUUACAACUAAACGAACUUUUCAAACACUAACAGAUUUAGUUUCAUAUUAUUCUGAGUUGUCAGAUGGUUUAUGUUGUCAAUUAACGUUCCCAGCUCCAAGAAUAGCUCCAAUUAGGCCGGACCUCAGCCAUGAUACUCAACAAAAUUGGGAAAUUCCAAGGAAUCAAUUACAAUUAAAAAGAAAAUUAGGAGAUGGUAACUUUGGAGAAGUUUGGUAUGGUAAAUGGAGAGGAAUUGUUGAAGUAGCAAUUAAAACGAUGAAACCGGGUACAAUGUCACCAGAAGCUUUUCUACAAGAAGCCCAAAUAAUGAAACAAUGUGAUCAUCCAAAUCUUGUUAAAUUAUAUGCCGUUUGUACAAAAGAAGAACCUUUUUACAUAAUUACUGAAUAUAUGGUAAAUGGAAGUUUAUUAGCUUAUCUUCGUGAUCAAACAAAUCAAAUUAGUUUACAGGCUAGUGUUGAUAUGUGUGCACAAAUUGCAAAUGGUAUGAUGUAUUUAGAAGAAAGAAAACUUGUUCAUCGAGAUUUAGCAGCAAGAAAUGUAUUAGUUGGUGAGAAAAUAUCAGGAGUACCUGUUGUUAAAGUAGCUGAUUUUGGAUUGGCAAGAAAAUUGAUGGAUGAAGAUAUUUACGAGGCAAGAACAGGUGCUAAAUUCCCUGUUAAAUGGAGUUGUAUAUUAGCAGCAACAUGUGGUAAUUUUACAACUAAAUCAGAUGUUUGGUCGUAUGGUAUACUGUUAUACGAGAUAUUUACAAGAGGGCAGGUACCUUAUCCUGGAAUGCACAACAGAGAAGUUAUUGAACAAGUUGAACUAGGUUAUAGAAUGCCAUGUCCUCGAAGUUGCCCUGAACAAAUUUACCACGAAGUAAUGCUUAAAUGUUGGGAUAAAAAUCCAGAUCGAAGGCCUACCUUUGAUCAUUUAUAUCAUUUCUUCGAUGAUUAUUUUGUAAGCACUCAACCUAACUAUGUACCACCAUCACAAAAUUAA